GCGACGAGCUCGAUUCUCGAGUGUAAACAUAGCUGUUCCUCCAGGCCUGGGGGGAGUAUAAAUAGUAGGACGACAGCUGCGGUUGAAAAGAAACCAUUGCGGGAGGUCUGUCGUCUGCGAGACACUCCCGUCUGAGCAUCUGAUACGAGUCGUCGACCUCAUCAUCUUCCUUUCCUGAGAAAGGCUCUGUUGCUUGAUUUCAUCAGAUACUCGGCUGUUGCUGUCAAACUUUCAGCUAAAACAUUAGACACCUGUAGCCAUGGCUCAGAAGCAAGUCUUCCCUGGCGAGACCAACAAAGCGGUCUUGGAGAAGUUCCUGGACCUGCCGCAAGACCCGGACAAGGUCAUGGUCGAGUACAUCUGGAUUGACGGCACCGGAGAAGGGGUGAGGUCAAAGUGCAAGACCAUGGACUUCGAACCCAAGAAGCCUGAAGACUGCCCGGUCUGGAACUUCGAUGGGUCCAGCACGUACCAGGCGGAGGGCUCCAACUCCGACAUGUACCUCAUCCCCGUCGCCCUCUACAAGGACCCCUUCCGACGAGGCGUCAACAAACUGCUGCUGUGCGAGGUGCAGAAGUACAACAAGGUGCCUGCAGAAACCAACAACCGCCACACCUGUGCCAAGGCCAUGGAGCAGGUCAAGGACUCGCACCCGUGGUUCGGCAUCGAGCAGGAGUACACCUUGCUGGAUGGCGACGGCUACCCCUUUGGCUGGCCAAAGAACGGCUACCCUGGUCCUCAAGGACCUUACUACUGCGGUGUCGGCGCUAACAGGGUGUUCGGCAGGGACAUCGUUGAGGCCCACUACCGAGCUUGUCUGUAUGCUGGCAUCACCAUCAGCGGCUGCAACGCGGAGGUCAUGCCUGCCCAGUGGGAGUUCCAAGUGGGUCCAUGUGAAGGCAUAGCCAUGGGUGACCAGCUGUGGGUGGCCAGAUACCUCUUGCACCGUGUGGCGGAGGAGUUUGGUGUGGUCGUCUCACUGGACCCCAAGCCCAUGAAGGGAAACUGGAAUGGCGCCGGGGCCCACACCAACUACAGUACGGAGGCGAUGAGGAAAGAGGGAGGAUUGGCUGUUAUCGAGAAGGCCAUCGACAGGAUGAGCAAGAAACACGACGAGCACAUCCGCGUCUACGACCCCAACGGUGGCGAAGACAACCGCCGGCGUCUGACAGGUCACCACGAAACCUCCUCCAUCAACGACUUCUCGGCGGGCGUGGCCAACCGCGGGGCCAGCAUCCGCAUCCCUCGCCAGGUGGCGGAGGACGGCUUUGGCUACCUGGAGGACCGGCGCCCAUCCUCCAACUGCGACCCUUACGCCGUCACGGAGAUCAUCGUCAAGACCACACUACUGAGCGAAUAGCCAGUUACUGACCUUUCGUGGAGAGUUGGAGGGUGUGGGAUGGGGAUGGGUGGGAGGAUUUAAGCGAAGGAUGUGCUUCUGUGGGAUUUUUGUUUCCAAAGUAACUGUCAUCGAAGAAAAGAACUUUACGAGCGACUGUAAUGCAAAACAUAAGAAAAGACAACCGGGCUGUAACAUGUGAGCGUGACAAGGGAGACAAUCACGUUUAUUGUACUAAUAAAGUUUGAUUCUUUGAGGCAGGACAAAUGUUUUUGUCGGACAUGAAAAACGACUAAAUACUUAUUUUCCUGCUAUUUACUUUCUAAUUUAAUUUUUCUGCAUUUAUGAUGAAUUUAGAUGUUAUUUCCUGGCUUUUAUUGUAAGUUAAUGGGGUUCCCCCUACCCCUCAAAAUGAAAAAUUUCUUGAAUAUUUUUGUCAGUACUACCACCAACAUUGAUGAAUAUUGCAACCUAGUGAUAACUACAGUUGCCGAAGCUCCCAGUGUGUGCACCUCGCUUUUUCUUUGAUUGGUCAAUUUUAUUUUUUUAUGGCACAAAGAUUUUUGUCAUUGGUUUAGCCGUGGCAGAUUAUUCUACAAUUCCUGAGGGAUGACAUUUCUAUGGAAAGAAUAGAUGAUUGUUAUCUUUGUUCUACCGACACGCUUGCACAACCUGCUGCCAUGAAGUUUCGGCACCAACUGCACAAUUAGAAAUAACACAUUUUUAUUACAUGGGAUUUCAUGUGGGAAUGCAGGAAUGAAUGAACGGAAACACAGAUGUGUGUGAAUGAUUAUUUUUACAUCAAGAAGAACCUGACAAUAGCUAAUUUUUUUUUUUCUCGUGAGAAUGAUUUGUGUGCCAACACAAUAUUUGUUCCCUGUAAAAAAGAAAAUUUUAUCAUGUGAAGUUGCAUGCAUUCAAUGUUCAUUUUUUAAGAUUUCUUUAAUUAAAAUACAAGAUGAGUGAUAAAUGAAAAAAUCAAGUUUCAUGUAUCUUUGUAUUUUAUCUAGACCAUUAUCUGGAUGUGCGAGUGACUGAAAGAAGCAGUACGGGUGAUAUAUAUUUUUUUAGAGGGUUCUGUGAGCAUUCAAUAAUAAAUUCAUCAAAGUUCA